AUGGAUGUGCUCGAUUCCCACCCUGCAACAAACGAGACCGCAACCCCGAUGGAAGAGCCCAAAAGGCAGCGGAGGGAGAGCUUGGUCUCCAAUGACUCGCAAACAGCGUCAGAAGGAACCAAAGGCGCCCAUUCAGAACAGCCUGCGCCGGGUAACAAGUACAACAACAACUUUCGCAACCUGUUCUGUGGAUGCGGAGAACUGUAUGACCCACACCAGGAGAAAGGAACGAUGUUCCAAUGUCUUGGCCUAGGAACAAUUGAAAACGGAGGUUGCGGUGAAGAUUGGUAUCAUCCCGAGUGCCUCCUAGGUCUUCCACAAUAUCACCAGCAGGAGCAGCAACAGAAUGGAAAUAAUGAAACUACGGUGCUUGCGCCUGCCAACGAGGAUGCAGAGGAUGAGCCACCCUUACCUCCAGGGUUUCCCGAUGAGGACGAUUUUGAAACCUUCAUUUGCUACAAAUGUGUAGAUGCAAAUCCUUGGAUAAAGGUAUAUGCUGGGACGCCCGGCUUUUUACCUCCAGUUUACAAGCAGGAUGUUCCUGUUCAGAAUGCGCCAAACGGAAAUAUCACGCCGGAAACGGCGGGGGUUACUAGCAAUAAUACGUCCUCAACAAAUUCCAAGAAGCGUGAACUUGAAGAAAUUUCAGACGACAUGCCCAAUACAAAAAGGCAGAAGGAGGAACCAUCAACAACGCCCACCUCAGGCCCAGAAGAGAAGUUUACCGAACCUUCAAAGCCCGAGCCCAAGCACAAGUCACUCCCAGCGAAUGCCCCCGCAGGCACCUUCUCCCUCUUCCUCAAAGAAGAUUUCCGCGACUACCUCUGCCAUUGCCCUUCUUGUUUCCCCAACUUGAUCCCACACCCUCAACUUCGUGAGGAAGAGGAAACAUACGAGCCUCCACUCUCCCAGACUGGGGAUGACGCCAACGGCGAUGGUAGCCAUCACACGGGAAGUCUUCUGGACCUCGGGGAGGCAGCACUCAGCAACAUGGACCGUGUACGUGCGAUUGAAGGAGUUAUGGUAUAUAACCACUUGAAGGACAAGGUGAAGGCUUUCUUAAAGCCAUUCGCAGAGAGUGGUCAAGCCGUUGGGGCUGAGGACAUUAAAGCGUAUUUUGAAAAGCUGAGGGGAGAUGAUCAGGCGAUUAGAGAGGCGGGGGGUGCGGCUUCAGCAUCUGGAUCGCGCAAUGACGGAGACGGUGAAAAUGGCAGUGGCGGUGCAAAUAGGAGAGAGCAGAGUGGUUAUUGA